UGAAUAUAGCGAGGUUGAAAAUGAAGUAAUUAUCCAAGUUAGUGACAAUGAAAAUACCCUUAUACAAACUGUAAAAGAAGAACACAAUUUAGGAAAUGAAACUGAUACCAUCAGCUUAACAGAACA